AUUACUCGACUAGAGUUUUUCAUAUCAUUUUGCAAUAAUACAACUUUCUUUUUGGUAAUGGCAAGUUAUUUCUCACGAGACCCUCAAUUGAAAUCAAUGGGCAGGAAACUAAACUACGCUGGAUCUAAUCUAAUUAGGACUUCAGUCGCUCCUCCCUGCCUGCCUUCGAGGAAACGAAAACUAUCAUCUAUCCUUCACUGACUUGUCAUUGCCCAUUCUGUUCCAAAUCCUGUCGUACUUACCUGCCCGGAAAAGAUUCAGAAUGGAAUUCAUCUUUAUUUACUCGUCUCACCCCAAUCCUUCCAUCCUUCACGAUCCAUGCCAGAUUAAAUCUUUCGACGAAUACUUGUCAAUUUCUCUCUCAGCUUUACAACUGGUGACACUCUUCCUUCGAAUUUGCCAGGAAAAAGACGAAGGUUUCGUUUAGAGUCCUUUAUUACACAACGGGAUUGUACUGGCUCUACGGACGCUGAAAAUCAUAUCAAGUUGAGCCGCCAUGGGUGAUAUUUCCCCCGACGGCCUCGAAGACCUCAAUGCGUCGGACCAGCCUUCUAGUCUUAUAUCCUCUCCUGAUGACGAACCAAACAAUCAGUUGGGUGAUCAAUUAUUGCUGAUAAAGAUUAGGCAUAAAAAUAUUAUCGAUGACAUUAUUUAUCAUCAUAAGCACCCCGAGACUGAACGUUUGAAGUACAUACUGGGCGAGUAUCUCCGUGGAGAUUCAUAUCAUUAUAUCAGUCUUUGCCCUAUUAAUGGUGAUAUUGAAAACGCGUUCGCCUGUAUCGAAGGACCUAAUCUGUCCCCGUAUGAAGGGGGCAUCUUCUGGCUGCACAUUUAUUUUCCCAUGAAUUAUCCCAGUCACCCACCGAAAAUGCGUUUCUUGACUCCAAUUUGUCACCCAGAUAUCGACGACAAUGGGGAGUUCUACCUUCAAGAUCUUUCGUUAGAAGAAGAUGGAUAUGUUCCUCCUAUUUAUACGCAAGACAUUCUCUGGUCGGUGUUUGAGAUACUUGAUGAGCCUGAUUUUAAGGAAUUUGAGUUUAAGAACAGUCGUAUUUCUGAGUUUGAUGACUUUUUGCAAAGGGCAGCGUUUUACACCAAGGAAUAUGCGAUGGCUGACGAGCCAGAUGAAACAAAACUGGUGAAAGAUUGGCUGGAACAUUUCGAUCAAAAAUCCGAGGUCAUCCAAGGAUCCGAUGCUCAGGAAGCCGAUGAUGAUGCACCCGCAAAUGCUACUGUUGAAACAUGCCGGAUUGCUCUCAUCAAUUGGCGGCAGCAGAUAUGGGAAACGCGCAAAGAGGAUCAGUUCAAGGAUAUUGAAUCCAUCAUACCACGCUCUGCCAUCAUUACCAUAUCUAAUAAUCUGGAUAGACUCUCCACCAACGAGGUCCAACUUGAGCAAUUGGACUUGGAGGAAUGGGAUGCUCGUACGCAGUUCCUAGAAGAACAUUCUGAUUCCUCCAUUCGGAAGUUGUUGAAGGACGUGUUCGAUCACUGCGUAAACGUUGUUGUUCAGCAAUUAGUGAAUGAAAGAGAGGACGCCAUGCAAGCUACUAUGAUAGAGAAACAUGAGCGGACCUGGAAUCCAAUGUGGUUCAGAUAAUGAUGUGUGUUCUAAGCAUGAGGGGUCGAAUUCUAAUGUGAAUCACAAAUUAAACAAGGCGGGGAUGCCACCAAAGGUUUCAGGAGGGGCAGGAAAGGCAUCAGCACGGCGAUAUUAUGGGUAUGUAUAUCUACGAAGACGUAGUCAGCAUGUAUGGAUACAUAACACGACAAGGCGUACUGAUUAUAACCUAGGUAGAGUCAUUUGUGAAGACACAGCUACAUCGUUAUACCAAUGCGACACGGCCAUUGAUACGGAAACAAAGAUAAAAUAUUUCUGUAUAGGGUAUCCGAGUCAUAUAAAUAUAUGAUACUUGAUCGCAUGAAGUUAUCAUUCUUGAUUCAUCGUCUUUUCUAAGUUAUUGUGAGUUUACCUAGACAUUAUACAUGAACAUUGCACUCAAAAACCGCAUCUAAUCUAGACGCCAACAGCAGUUCAAACGUUCUACUCGCAGCUCGUUUCAAGAAACAAAAAAUAAACUUCUGAUUCUUGAAAAAGGCACUGCAUCCAUAGAACACUUGCCGUUCAUCCAUAAGCACUCUUUCUUUUCGACCCUCAGGUAUCAUAGAAUUUUGCGAAGACAUAGGAAUAUUCCGGUCAUCUUCACAGAUUAGGUAGUCUGACGGGAAUCACCAGAGCGGCUUUUGUUUAAAAACUGGCAAGAAUCUAAUUUUAGCUCAGACUCCAAACCACUGGUCGUUGCAUUACCAAGAUUAGGACGGUGCUUCUGUGCAGCGUUUAUUGUCGGGGAUGAGGGACGAUCCUAUCCUGUUAAUCGUAUUACUGUUUAUACAUUAGCUUUGACUACUCAAAUUCAAUUACUCACUUUCACAACA